GCGACUUCUCCCUCUCCUCCUCCUCCUCCUCCUCCUCCUCGUUCUUCCCCCGCCUCCUCUUCCACCGCCCUCCCGAAGCUUCCAGAGCCCCCUCCCGCUCUCCCAAAUCCUUAUCAACCCUCUCCGCGCCGCCUCCCCCAGCCGAGCCACGCGCCGGGGCGCACGCAUCCGCCGAGCAGCAAAUCAUGUCGUCGUUUUGGGGCGCGGAGGUGAAGCCCGGGAAUCCUUACACCCACACCCACAGGCCGCGCCUCGGCCGCCUGCGCCUCACCCAGGCGACGCUUGGAGGCGAGCCUGGCAAGGUGGUGAAGGGCGGCGGUGGGAAGAACAACGUGGUGCAGUUGCAGUGCACCGUUAAGAACAAGGAUCCCGUGUUCUUGUGCGCCCUAGUGCCGGGGCAGUCGGAGACUUGCCACCUGGAGCUUGAGUUCGAGGAGAAGCAUGUCACGUUCUCAGUGCUCGGGCCGAGGAGCAUCCACCUCGCUGGAUACUACAUUGGUGAUGUGUAUGGGGAGGAGAUAGAUGACGGCGAUACAGGUAGUGACUCUCUGCAAGGCUCGGAUGAUGAUGCUUUUCUGGACACUGAUGAUGAUGACAGUGGCGGUGAUGAUGAUGACACUCUUCUCAUCCCAUUAUCCCGUGGAAGCUCAGAUGGUGAAGAUGAUGACUCAGAGUAUGACUCAGAGGAUGAUGACUCAGAGAUGAUAUACAAUCAGCCAAGAGGCAAAAGUACAGUUGUUAUUGAGGAGAUUCAAGAGGAUGAUAAGCCUGCUGGUGGUGGAGGGCAAAAGGGAUCAGACAAGAAGCAAAUAAGUGAAAAUGGUGAUGAUUCUAAACUGCAGCUUGUUGUCAGGACUCCACCUGCUGAGUCCUUGGAAAGUGAAGAUGAAGAUGGCUUUCCUGUAUCAUUCUCGGAAUCUAAGAAAGGUACCAAGGGCAAUUCUAAGAAAACAAGCAAUCUAAACAAGAAGAUUACCGCUGAAGAUAGGAAAAGGAAAAAUGGUGCUGUUAAUGACCAUGAUUCUUCAGGGGAGGUAAAGGAUGAAAAUGAUGGGGUGUCAAAGAAAACUAAAAAGGCCAAGGCCAAAAAGACUUCUGUGGAUAGUGUCGGAAAGGAGAGCAAACAAGAAGAUUCUCCGGCUGAUCUUGUUGAUGCAAAACAAAAGAAAAACAAGAAGAAUACUUCAGAAGCUGGCACUCAUCAGAAUGCUGAUAAGACAAACCACGUCCACAAUGAUGCUGAGGAAGUCACUGCACAGGAGGCUAGCAAAAAGAAAAAGAACAAGAAAAAAAAGACCCAGGAAAAGAAUGCAAGUGAAAACCAGACACCGAAGACACAGGAGAAGAAUGCAAGUGGAAAGCAGACCCCGACAGAUCUUACAGAGUCAGAGAGCAAGAAGCAGCCGCUCCAAACACGGACUUUUGGCAAUGGCAUGAUAGUUCAGGAGAUAGAAAUAGGCAAACCAGAUGGUAAAAAAGCUGCCCCUGGGAAAAAGGUUUCUGUUAAAUACAUAGGCAAGCUAAAGAAUGGCAAGAUUUUCGACUCUACUGUUGGUAGAAGACCGUUUGAUUUUAGACUGGGCAUUGGGGAGGUCAUUAAAGGCUGGGAUGUCGGCAUCAACGGUAUGCGUGUUGGGGACAAAAGAAGAAUCACGAUCCCACCCUCAAUGGGGUAUGGAAACCAAAGAGCGGGGACAAUACCACCGAACUCAACUCUCGUGUUUGAUGUGGAGCUCGUGAACGUAAAAUGAGACAAGAACCAGAGAUAAUGCUUCAGGAUGCUGAAACUGAAGAGGUUUCUCAAAUUUUGUUAGGACAGCAUUCCCCUUAAGCAAAGCUAUAGAUAGCUCUAUCAAGACAUGGAUCAUAUGCCUUUGUUUUUGUCAUUACCUCGAUACGUGUACUGUAGCCAUGUGGGCUUUUUUUUUGAACAGGAUGUGGGCUAAUUUUGGGGGCACCGUAUUUGCCCUACUCGCAUGCGAGCGUGUGUUACUUUGGUGAUCCGUCUGGUCUCGUUUCUUUCAUUUAUUCUAAUACCACACCAAGGAUGUUUCUAAUUUGAUGCUUUGUUACCAUUCUGAUUAUAUUGCAGCAUGUCAAUGCCCCCUAAUAGCACUCUGAUUAUA